CACUUCUUCCCUCCCUCACUCACUCACUCACUCACUUCUUCCCUCCCUCCCUCACUCACUCACUCACUCACUCACUCACUCACUCACUCACUCCUUCUCUCACUCCCUCCCUCACUCCCUCCCUUCCACUAUCUGUCUGUCUGCCUAUCUAUCUAUCUAUCUAUCUAUCUAUCUAUCUAUCUAUCUAUCAUCUAUCUAUCUAUCUCUUUAGUUUUAUUGUUCUCUGUAUUGGUGCUUUUUCUGUAUGUUUGCGCAUAGGGCACCAUCAGAGGCCAGAAGAGACUAUUGGAUCCCAUGGAGUUAUAGAUGGUUGUGUUUAAACAUAUGGGUACUAAUAAUUAAAAUUGGGAUCUCUGAGAAAGUAGCAAGUGCUUUAACCAGAGUCAUUUUCCAGGCUCUUCUAUUUAAUUAUCUGUUUUUGAGAGACAGCCUGAUGGCUUCUUAAAAUAUGUGAACAGUUUUUAACAGGCACUUAAUGUCCAUACUUUAAUUGUUUGCUUCCACUUAUUGGAAAAGAGAGGCUGUUUGGUGAACCACUGUAACAGGCAAAGCUUUAUGCCCAUUUGGCCUACAUUUAUUUCUGCUGAGUGUCAACAGAAUGCAAGAAGUGUUGGGACAGUCACUCUACAGAGUAAGUCAUCAUUUCUGUUUCCCAAAGAUAACUUCUGAUGACAGCAGCAGCCUAGGGUUUUGAGAUCAGGGCAAUUUAGUCAAAGAACUUCUGGGUUGACACAUGAGGCUAGAUCUCACCUCAUAUGCUCAUAAGCUCAUAUGCUCUAUGGAGUUUGAUGAAUCUGGCAUUCUUCAGAUGGUAUGCCUGACCAUGAGGAUCUGCCCAUGGCAGUAGCAUUGUUUAGAAAUGAACGAAAUUGUGUCCAGUAGAGAAUGUGGAAAGUCUUCCAUAAGGAGGAACACCUUCAGAGAGGCUUUGAAGUAACUUACAAAUUAAGUGUAGAGGUAGAAGUCUUUAUGUAAGGAAAUUACCAUCACUCAUACCUUAUCUAAAAUUAUAAUUGGUUUUUGAUCUUUUCAUCCCACUGCUAGGAAUCAAACCCCAUAUCUUGCACAAGCAAGCAAAUGCUCUGUCUUUAAAUAGGCUCCCAGCCUUCUGAAUUUCUUCAAAACAAAUGAAAUCAUAUGAUUAUAAACUCACUUUUCUUAGUAAUGCUAUUCAAAGGCUCUGAGUACUGUGAUCAAUGAUGAGUUUGUGUGUGUGUGUGUGUGUGUGUGUGUGUGUGUGUGUUCAUGUGUGUUUUAUAUCUUGUUUCACUUGAGAUUUAUUCUAUCUGCACAGAUGCCUUGGUCCCCUUGCUAGAACAAGGCCUGCAAAGGCAAGAUGAAUGAUGACAGCUUGUGUACAGGGAGAUCACUAUUCUUAUGUAAUUCCAUUUAUUCAAACUCCUCAUUCACAAUAAGUCAGUAUUUAGGUUAUUAUCAAAAUGAGGGUGUUUCCACACAGGCUGUACUGACGAAUCACUGUCCCAACCAAUGCCAAGAAAGCAGAAACCAAUCAGUCAGCAAGUGCUUACUAAGUAUGUGGUGCUUGCUGUAGGAUAUUAUCUUCCUGGGCUGACAGACGUAAAAGUGGCUGGAAAAAAUGUGUUUUGUGUCUCAGGAUUUCAUGCUGAGCCAGCACACCUCUUGCCAACCACCCUAGAGAUGCCUUGCUUCUUACCUGAAGCCAGAUCACAGGAGGAGCAAAACCGUAUCUUUGCUCUUGUUUUCGUUUAAUCUCCUGAUAUAUUUUCUGUUAUUCCUGUGACCCUGUAAUAACACCCGAGCCAGUGGACCCACACCCUCCCUCAGGACACAUUGCUACAGGAGACUGGCAGAGGUGUCGUUUUGCUUUUUAAAUUGAGAACUUGUCUCGUUACAUCUUAGUUUUCAGAUUUGCAGAUCACAUUGGCCUCUACAAAGUGUUUUUUUUUUAAUUUUAUCUCAUUUGAUAUAGACAAAAAUCCUAUAAAUUAGGCAUGGCUGAUUUCUGCAUCAUUUUUCCCAUGAGGAAAGAUUGUUGCCUUGGUCAUUUGUAGUGUGUGGCCUGAGCCAGGUUUAUAAGCAUAAGAGCUGGAACUUACAUUCCUCAUGCAGAUUCCCUGGGUCCCAAUGGCUUGCUUCCACCCAAACAGAUGAACAUAUGUUGUGUGUGCACUGACUUUAAAGGAUCAAAGUUUAAGAAGCUGAAUGAUUCUGUGGGAAUGUGGGAAACCCUGAUGUCCUCUCUCCCUAAGACUGUUGGAUCAGAAAGAAAAGAUGAUUGACUUUGCAGGACUUAAAAUUUCUUGCUGUUUAUUAUGGUUUGAAAAAGCAUGAUUAAAAAAAACAAUCCAAUUUGAAGGACAAACAUUUGUAUCAUGGUUGAAAUAACUUGAAAACAAUGAGAAUACAACCUGGGAAAACAGUCAGGCAGGAUACAUCUUUAUUUAACUAAUCUUAUAAUGUUUUUUAGAUGAACAGUGACAAGGAGCUAUAUAUAAUUAAAAUACCCAAUUACUUGUGGGGAAUUAUUAAAGAGCACUUGGAAAAUUGAGAUAGUCUGUCAAAAGUUAAUAAUUAAAGCAUUCUAUUCUUCAUGGAGAUGACAAAGUAAUUUAUAUAGAUAGUCUUACCAAGAAAACGCCUUUUGCUUGUGCAGCUACCGUGCAUAUUGCCUAGCUUGCAAGAGGCAGUCCCUCUAGCUGAAUCAUGGAGUCACCAGAGAGCUUUGAGAUAAGGCUAAGGUGUGUUCAUAGUGUAAAUGAAUACUUCUUACAUUUUCAAAAUAGCAUUCUAAUUUCCUAAAGUUGAAUUCCCUUGUGACAACGAAUGUGGUUAGUGUUAUCUCUCACGGUCCUUUGACAAACACUCCUAGUACUCACAUGUUUGUAGACAGUUCCUGGAUGCCUUCUAUUUGUGUAGAAGCAACAACACGUAUGUUCUGUUAGUUGGAACUUAUUAAAAGAUAUGAUUUUUUAAAACUACGAACAGCCUGUAAUGUACAUGUGAUAUUAUAUUUAGAGAUCCAUUUGUAAGUAUCUUAAUAUCAUUGAUUAAAAUGUAUCAUAGAUUGGAGUGAAAAUAAAAACUAAAGGUAUUAAGGUAUACUGGUUAUAAGCUAGAUGACCUCUCUAAAAUAAUAAUGCUAUCAAUCCUCAGGGUACCAAAUAGUAUAAGAAAUAAAUAAGACAGUGUUUCUAAAAUGCUAUACAGUUUUUUUUGGUGGGGUGGGGGGAUUAAAAGCAUUGUAAUAAUGCAGUAAGUUAAUCAUUUAAAUAAUUUUCUGACAUAUGCUAAUGACUCUCAGAUUUUAAAUUCCAUCAAAACCACACAGGGGGCAUAUAGAAACUGUAAUAUAACUUUGUUGUAUCGCAAGAGUUGUUCCUUAGAAAAUUUGGGAUAAUACUGAAGACUUUGCAUAUUAAAUUAAUGUUUUCACUUGAGAGAAGUCAUGCAUGGUCCUCGCACAACUCUCUGAGGAAGGUAUCUUUCUGUGAAGUAGGAUCUACAAUGGAUGACUUUAUAAGCUUAUUCUCAGGCUUGAACCUGAGAAUAAUGGGCACCUCUUAGUGAAGACUGCCUUACAUCCAGAUAAAUCAUGAGGAAUCUUGUCAAAAAGCUCUUGAACUUGAUACCUUCACAGUAGUGAUCAAUUACUGUGAAUGGAAUGUUAACUAGAGUUUUAAUUGGAAAAUGUAUUGCUCUUUCUUGGGAAAGUCUGCAGAACAUGGAAAGUAAGCUGCUGUAUAUUCUCUUUAAAGGGUCAUAGUCAUUAUUAUUGAUUGUAUAGGAUAUCCAGAGCUACCACUCAUCUUUCCUAUAGCUAGGAAGAUAUAGGUAUGAUCAGACAUAAUUAAAUACCUCAGCCUUCAGUCUCCUUUUGUCCCCCCAUUUGAUCAUCCUCAGUCAUUUCCAAUAUCCUUAGAAAUGAUUAUUUUAGCCUAUUAUGCAAUCUAAAGUGCUGGUGUUAUUUUAAGUUUUAAAAAAUAUUGAAUGUUUAACACUCUUUCCUUUGACCAAGACAGCUUUGUGGCAGGUGCUUUUCCAGCAUGCAUUUCAUCAUAUCCUAUUUAUAACACUUUAGGUUUUGUCCUGUCAUUUCCCAACAUUUCUCUGCUUUAAUGUUUGUGAUUUUCUAAUGGUAAAUAUUGUAUGAACGUCCCCUAUCUUGCUCUUACUCUUAAGUCAGGCAUACUUUCUUAAAAAUGACAGUGUAAUUGGAUUGCGACUUUGCAUUCUUUUUGAACUUUUUGUAGAAUGACAAAAACACUUCUAGAGCGAGAAUCUCGGAACAUUAAGAGGGAUGUUUCCAUGCUAGCAGCAUAUGCCUAGUCUUACAAAUGAAGACUCCGAGACCGGAUUAGGUGUCUUUCCCAUAGCAGCUCUGUUUAUCAGGGACCCAAAUGUAGGGCUGUCUAAUUACAGCCAAGUCAUCCUCAGCGAAGACAUUUAAAUUAAGUAACUCCCUUGAUCUUAAACAAGGCCAGAGAAACUAAUCAUUUUCUUGUUUAUAGUUUUUAAAGAAUUUCUCUUAUCUUUGACUGACUUUAUUUAUUAGAAUUUACUUAAACCGAGAACAUUCAUAACUCCCGUGUACACCAUUAGGCAGACAGUUUAAAUUCAUUCCUUGCUUAGUUUAUAAUAUUAAGGAGAGGUUUUAAAGGAGGGAGGUAAUCACAUCGGAGUGUGGAAAGGAGGAAAAUGUACUGGGAAGGAAGGUCUUCCAACGUGAGUCCUUGGGGAGAUGAGGCAGAAGGACGUGGCUAUGUUCUAACAUCCACUGCUGGUAACAAGAGAAGGAAAGUGGGACCCUCUUACAUUUUCAGCUUUUCUCCUGUCACAUUCCUGGAACACUUGGAACUCUUAGGAGUUUUCAGUAACAUUUGCUAUUACUCAUCAUCACUGUCACUGUGGAAGAGUUGAAUAAGUUUGAGAAAAAAUGAUUACAGCAUUCAUAAUCAUAAUAUCCAAAGGGAACUCCUGCAAAGAUUUUGGCAUAUGAUUUUUGGAGUUUGCCUUUACGUAGUUAAACAUUUUUAAAAGAGGACAGUUCUGAGUAAACUGUUUUGGAAAACAUUUAUUUUUAAGGAAAAAUAUAUGGCUGCUGGCCCAGUUGGUAUAGGCCUAAAAAUCUCAGCUACUUUGGAACCUAAUUGAACAGGAUUGCAAUGAGUUUGAGGAUUGUCUGAACUUCAGAGUGGGCUUAAGGCCAGAAUUGUUUGUUUCAGGAAUAAAAUAAGUAUAAGAAAGGGACUAAGGAUAUAGAUCAAUAGUACUGUGUUUGUCUAGUAUGGAUCAGACCAUAUAUUCAAUGUUAGCACAUAUUUAUAGGUAUGGCAAGAAUUUUUAAUAUACUAAUUGCCUGUUGGGGACUGCAUUCUGUCUCAUGGUACCUGCACCCUCCUUACUUUAUCAAUUAUUUUUAUGUUGGACAUGUCUGUUUACACUUAAAACUAUGUAAACAUGCUAUUGCAUAUGACGAUUCAGAAUAAGUACAUAUGCUAAGCACAAAGUGAAUGUGAUAGGUUAACAGACUUACUUAUCUCUCAGCUUCUAGGACUCUGGGGUGAACUGAGUCGUCUUAUUCCAGGCAUCUGUAUACAUUAUCUACUAGACUAAUCAGUAAGCAGGACAUCUCUGAGGACAACUGAUAGUGACAGACUGUUUUAUCUCUUGCUAUACUCUGUUUAUCUUUCCUCUGCUUGAACAUCUUCCCAACAUACCAAUUACACUUCAGUGUAUUGCAAGUUGCCAUUUCCAGUCUUCUAGGGGAGGGGGGGUGCAGGGAUCCUUUAUUUUCCAAACUAAUUCAUAAAAACACUUGCUUACGUGUUGAACAUUUAUUCUGUUUACUACUAAUGUGGAAAAUGUUGUUUUUUCAGUUAAAAUAGCCAGAUAUAUAAUUGUAUUUAUGUUAGUAUUACUAGUAGGAAAUUAAUAUUUUCUUGUAGUAAAACUUAUUGCUACUUUAUAUUUUUAAUUUUAUUUCCAUUUUUAUUCUCACCGUGUAGCUCUUGGAAAAAGGUCUUCAGAUUGUGGCAUUUUAUGCAUUUUCACAGUCAUGAAAGACAUUUUACUAGCAUUUUCUAAGAUAAAUGUUGAUAGGAAUGAGGAGACAGGCUAGGCAGUUCCAGGUCAGCAGUGUGGUACAGAAAGCUCUCAGAAGCAUAGAAAGGUUCUAGAAAUUUGGAGUGGGACAAGGACUGCAAAAGUAGCAGAGAAAAUGUGGUUGCCUGAAAACUCAGAUGGGGGCUAUCGAGCUGAUCCUGGCCUCUGACCCUCGCCGUGGUGCUGAGCUGUAAGGGUGCGGCUAAUCUAGCUAAGACGACUAACUGGACCAAUAAAGGAUAUUUUCAGGUGUUAUUGAUUUAUUUUUAAUUAAGUAAGACUUAAUUUAAAUAUGAUCAAAUGUACAAAGGUUGACGAUGUAAGUCAAUAGUACAUUCGGCUUAUUCAUUUAUAACUGCAUUAGAAUACCCAACUCAAACACAGGACAUAUCUGUCUUCAGAGGGAGUCUUCCUGGUUCCAACAGCUAUUCUGACAUUUGCUAUAAUUUAUUUUGUUUGUCUUGUACUUGGUAUAAAUUGAAUGGCAAAAAUAUUCUCUUUUGUGUUUAGUUUCUUUGAAUGGACCUAGUACUUCUGAAACGUAUCAAUAUUGCAAUAUAUUUAUGCACACACACACACACGCACACACACACACACACACUAUCCCUUGUUUUGUUUAUUAUUUCCUCUGAGCAGUUUUUGAGGUACCCCAUGACUUGCUUAUUCCUGUUUGGAUGAACAUUUGGCUUGUCUCCAGUUUAGGGCUACAAUAAUUAUGAACCUUUUAAAAACUCCUUUGCAGAUGGUUUCUAUUGAGUAUCCAAAGGAAGUGGAAGUCAUAGGUAUGAACUGUGCUGGGUUCUGCUCCAAGCUGUUCUAGGGCCAUUGUAUGAUUUUACACUCUCUUCAAUAGUCCACGUCUAUCUCAGUUGUUUUCCAUCAUUGAUAUAUGUUAAUUAUAUUAUUAUUAAUUAUUAUUUAAACAAAUUCUACCAUGAGUUUGCCUCAUAUCAUAUUGUAUGUGUCUAGGCCUGACAUUACAUCAGGAUAAGCAUUAUUCCUAGAAUUUCUAUGCAUAUAUAAGCUCAGGAGUUAGAGAUAUAUGCCAGAAAGCACUGUUUAAUAUAUAGUUAGAGUUACAUAAUUAAAAAGGAUAAUCAACUAAAAUGAAUGAGCAUAGAAACAACCCACUAUGUGCAAAAAAAUCAACAACAAAACAAAACAAAACCCCAAACCCAAAGGCAAAGGUACUCACCUUCAAAUACUGCCUAGACCUGGGAGGAGGAGUUACAAGAUGAUGUCUACUUUGCGCUUCUUCGGAAAGACAUACUCAAACAGACCAGGCUUUGAAACUCUCUCAGCUAACUGUGUUUCUUCCAGACAUUUGUUUAUUUUCCUUUGAAAUGCUAAUCAUUUUUAUUUAUUAAAGUCUACAGAUUACACAGUUGUCAAGAAGGAAAAUAACAUGUCGACAUCUUGGCUUUUAAGCAUGUUCACAAACAUUAUCAGACUAAGUUUAAAAUGAAGUAUGCCAGAAACAUAAAAUAUCAAGGCAAGAGUGCAUUUUCUGAUAUUAAUUUACAUAGGUGUCAUUACAGAAUUGAAGUGGUUCCUCAUAAAAUAGUCCUAAAAUUAUGAACAAUCAGACCUCUUCUGAUUCUGAAUUCAGAUCAUUAUUGAAUAAGGGUGUUGGCAAUAGUUGCUCAUAAGAUGUGCUUUGCGACUAUAACAAUGAGUUUCUACAUGGGUAAACCUGGAAUUGAAUUCCAGAUUUGCCCGGUCCUGUGGCAUUAGACAGACUCCCUCAGAUAUAAAAUAAAUGCUCUACCAACCCACCUUCCAAACGUUAUUUGAGUGAAUAUGUAAACUGCUUUUCACUUAUGCAGUAGCACACUGUAAUCUCCCUGCCCUUCAGUGGGGCCCAGAAGACUGCUAUUUUGUCGCUUCUCUGUGGGAUUCAAUGGAGAAUGGUGCUAUCAAUUCACAGCUUCCAUCAGUGCAGGGACCUGCUGCCUAAAAGCUUCGGACCAGGUGUCUUUCUGUGUGCCCUGCCUUUCUGCUCUCUCAGCAGAUGGGAGCAGUCUCUAGCCCUACUUUCCAGUGAGUCAUUCUUUCCUUGGCACCCAUGGCUCUGAGCUACAUUGUUUCCCCGAAUUCUGAUUAUUCUAUCUUCUCCCUCUUUCCUACUUUAUCCAUCCCCUUGCUCCGCCACAAGAAUACACAGAUUCUAUUUUGGAUCCUCUCCCCUCUGUCUACCUUCUCUUUUUUAGUGAUUUCAUCAGGCAUUCUUAUGUACAGUUCUCUGGUCCCAACUGUUCCUAUGGAUAUUUAAACCAGUGCUGGAUAUCUUCCACCUGAAACUCUGGGCAGCAUUUCACAGUCUAAGAAUAAACUGUGAACACCUUCCACACAACCAAAAACUUUUUUAACAGGGUCAAACCUAAAAGCUAAUGUAAUUCAAAAACCACCAGUUAAAGACAAGAGUGCCAAAUGUUAAAUAGAGACGGCUAUACCACCUCGGGAGCCAUCUGGUAUGAGGAGGAGUGUGACCAAAGCAAGGGGGACAUGUAACGGAUAGAUGAUUGAGCAACGGAGACAUGCAUGGCUGAUAGAAUUACUGGCUGUGAUGCUAGAGGCUCUUCAGCCUAUGUCUUUGAUGGGAGCUCUGCCAAUAAGUGAAGCUGAGGACGUUCAGUUCCAAGCAAAUCAACUCAAAUUUUACUGUCUAUUCACUUGAUUCAGUUCUUUUUAACGAAGGUUUAAAACAUUUUAAAAUUUAGUUUCAUUGGCCCCACUUUUGGUUGGUAUUGCAACCUCUCUUGUCUUCUAAGUUCUUAUUACUAUAAUUGGCUUUUACUCCCGUGUCCUUUGUUUAGAAACUGACACAGUUUUCUAGUCUCUGUGCCUCUCAUAUUCUACUCUGUACCACUUAACCAUUGCAUUUUGACAAUUGACUUCUUCUUCCUGUCAAAGUUACUUUAGAGUUCAAAAAUCUUAAAUCUUAGAUCCAAAACCACUUUUUGUCCUCAAGCUCUAUUUUGCUCUGAGUGUGUGUGUGUGUGUGUGUGUGUGUGUGUGCGCGUGCGCGCGCGUGUGUGUGUAUGCAUGCACAUGCACAUGCACAUGUACCAUGACUUUUAUGUGGAAGUCAGUUGAUGGAAUUUUUAGGAGUUCUCUCUGUUCACCAUGGAGUUAUCAGAUACCGAGCUCAUGUUGGCAAGUCUGGCACCAAGUGUUUUCCCUGUUGAACCAUGCCAGAGGCCCUUGCCUACAACCUUUUCAUAGUCUUUUAACUUUUUCAAUUAAGGACUAGUUAGUAUUCACUUGAAAAUCAUCCAAAAAUUUACAUUGAGCUUAUACUUCUUUUCUGAUUCUGCCAAAAGCUACUUAUCAUGUAUGAUAACUGCAUGUCAAACUAUUUUUUUUUAUUUAAUGAAGGAAUGCUUCCUUUGACAUGGUAUUUUAUAUGAUUUUACACUUUGCUUUAGUAUAUAUUAAAUAUGUUUCCUUGAUGACCAAAUAUGCACAGGAAGCUUUUUUAAAUAAAUUUAAAGAAAGCUAGAACAAAUAAAGAUCUUUAACACUUCAUUUUUCUUUUUUAAAAUUUAUUUAUCUUGGAUAUUUCAUGUAUUUACAUUUCAAAUAUUAUCCCCUUUCCUCCCUCCCAUCCCCACUCCCUGUUCUGCCUUCUUCUAUGAGUAUGCUCCCACUCCCACCAACCAACUCCCACAUCCAUGCCCUGACGUUCCUCUAAAUUGGGGAAAAGAGCCAUCACAGGACCAAGGGCUUUUCCUCCUAUUGAUGCCAGACAAUGUCAUCCUUUGCUACAUAUGCAGCUGGAGCCAUGGGACUUCCAUGUGUACUCAUUGGUUGGUGGUUUAAUCUAUGGGAGCUCUGGUGGGAUCUGGUUGGUUGAUAUUAUUGUUCUUCCUAUGGGGUUGCAAAACCCUUCAGCUCCUUGAGUCCUUUCUCUACACUUCCAUUGGUGUGCCCAUUCUGAUGGCUAGCUGCAAGCAUCCUCAUCUGUAUCAGUAAGGCUCUGGCAUAGCUUCUCAGAAGUUAUCCAUAUCUGCCUCCUGUCAGCGAGAACUUCUUGGUAUCAGCAAUAGUGAGUGGACUUAGUGGCUGCAUAUGGUAUGGGUCCACAGGUGGGCAGUCUCUGGAUGACCUUUGCUUCAGUUCUUGCUCUACUGUAGUUUGUUCUUCCUUAUAAGAAGAUUUUGGGCAUCCAGAUUUUGGACAUCCUUCUUAAUGGGGUUCAUAUGAUCUGUAAAUUUUGUCUUAGAUAUUCCAAGCUUUUGGGCUAAUAUCCACUUCUCAGUGAGUGCAUAGUAUGUGUGUUCUUUGUGACUGAGUUACCUCACUCAGAUAUUCUCUAGUUCAUCCAUUUUCCUAUGAAUUUCAUGAAGUUAUUAUUUUUGAUAGCUGAACAGUAUUCCAUUGUGUAGAUGUACAUUUUCUGUAUCCAUUCCUCUGUUGAAGGAAUCUGGGUUCUUUCCAGCUUCUGAAUAGUAUAAAUAAGGCUGCUAUGAACAUAGUGGAGCAUGUGUCCUUGUUAUAUGUUGGAGCAUCUUUUGGGUAUAUGCCCAGGAGUGGUAUACUUGGGUCCUCAGGUAGUAAUACUAUGUCCAAUUUUCUGAGAAAAUGCCAGACUGAUUUCCACAGUGGUUAUACCACCUUGUAAUCCCCAAAACAAUGGAGGAGUGUUCCCCUUUCUCUACAUCCUUGCCAUCAUCUGUUAUCACCUGAGUUUUUGCUCUUAGCCAUUCUGACUGGUAUGAGGUGGAAUCUCAGUGUUGUUUUGAUUUGCAUUUCCCUGAUGACUAAUGAUGUUGAACAUUGUUUGGGUGCUUCUCAGCCAUUUGGUAUUCCGCAGAUCUUUACCUCUCUUUAAAAUAGGAUCAUUUGAUUCUUUGGGGUCUAACUUCUUGAAUAUGUUGUAUAUAUUAGAUGAGAGCCCUGUAUCAGAUGUAGGAUUGUUAAAGAUCUUUUCCCAAUCUGUUGGUUGCCUUUUGUCCAAUUGACAGUGUCCUUUGCAUUACAGAUGAUUUGCAAUUUUAUGAGGUCCCAUUUGUUGAUUCAUGACCUUAGAGCAUAAGUCAUUGGUGUUCUGUUCAGGAAAAUUUCCCUAGUGCCCAUGUGGUCGAGGCUUUCCCCGACUUUCUCUUGUAUUAGAUUCUGUGUAUCUGAUUUUAUGUGGAGGUCCUUGAUCCGCUUGGACUUGAGCUUGGUACAGAGAGAUAAGAAAAGAGUGAUUUGCAUUCUUCUACAUAUUGACCGCCAGUUGAACCAGCACCAUGUGUGUUCUCUCUCUCUCUCUCUCUCUCUCUCCCCCCAAAUGGUUUUAGCUCCUUUCUCAAGGAUCAAGUGACCAGAGUUGUGUGGGUUCAUUUCUGGGUCUUCAAUUAUAUUCCAUUGAUCUACCUGCCUGUCUCUGCACCAAUACCAUGCAGUUUUUAAUCACGAUUACUCUAUAAUAGAACUUGAGAUCAGGGCUGGUGAUUCCCCCAGAUGUUCUUUUAUUGUUGAAUAUAGUUUUUUACUAUCCUGGGUUUUGUUUAUUCCAAAUGCACUUUCAAAUUGCUCUUUCUAACUCUAUGAAGAAUUGAGUUGGAAUUUUGAUGGGGGUUGCAUUGAAUCUGUACAUUGCUUUCAGCAAGGUGGCCAUUUUUACUAUAUUAAUCCUGCCAAUCCAUGAGCAUGAGAGGUCUUUUCAUCUUCUGAGAUCUUCAAUUUCUUUCUUCAGAGACUUGAAGUUCUUGUCAUACAGAUCUUUCAUUUGCUUGGUUAGAGUCACACUGAGGUAUUUUCGUGUUAUUUGUGGUUAUUGUGAAGGGUGUCACUUCCUAAUUUCUUUUUCAACCUUUUUAUCCUUUGAGUAGAGGAAUGCUACUGAUUUGCUUGAGUUAAUUUUAUAUCCAGUGACUUUGCUGAAGUUGUUUAUCAGGAUUAGGAGUUCUCUGAUGGAAUUUUUGGGGUCACUUAUGUAUACUAUCAUAUCAUAUGCAAAUAGUGAUAUUUUGACUUCUUCCUUUCCAGUUUGUAUUCCUUUGAUCUCUUUUUGUUGUCUAAUUGCUUUGGAUAGGACUUCAAGUACUUUAUUGAAUAGAUAGGGAGCAUGGGCAACCAUAUCUAGUCCCUGAUUUUAGUGGGAUUGCUUCAAGUUUCUCUCCAUUUAGUUUAAAGUUGGCUAUUGGUUUGCUGUAUAUUGCUUUUAGUAUGUUUAGGUAUGGGCUUUGAGUUUCUGAUCUUUUCAACAAUUUUAUCAUAAAGGGGUGUUGCAUUUUGUCAAAUGCUUUCUCAGCAUCUAAUGAGAUUGUCAUUUUUUUGAGUUUGUUUAUAUACUGAAUUACAUUAAUGGAUUUCUGCAUAUUGAACCAUUCGUGCAUCCCUAGGAUGAAGCCUACAUGAUCAUAGUGAAUGAUUGUCGUGACAUGUUCUUGGAUUUGGUUAGUGAGAAUUUUAUUGAGUAUGUUUGCAUUGAUAUUCAUGAGGGAAAUUGGUCUGAAGUUCUCUUUCUUUGUAGGUUCUCUGUGUGGUUUAGGGAUAUGCAUAAUUGUGGCUUCAAGGAAGUGUUCCUUCUGUUUCUAUUUUCUGGAAUAGUUUGAAGAGUAGAGGUCUUAGUUCUUCUUUUAAGGUCUGACAGAAUUCUGCACUAAACCCAUAUGGUUCUGGGCUUUUUUUGGUUGGGAGACUUUUAAUGACUGCUUCUAUUUCUUUAGAUGUCAUAGGAUGUUUAGAUGGUUUAUCUGAUCCUGAUUUAAUUUUGGUACCUGGUAUUUGUCUAGAAAUGUGUCCAUUUCAUCCAAAUUUUGCAGUUUUGUUCAGUAUAGGGUUUUGUAAUAGGAUCUCGUAAUUUUUGAAUUUCCUUAUUGUCUAUUGUUAUGUUUCCCUUUUCAUUUCUGAUUUUGUUAAUUUGCAUAUUGUCUCUCUGCCCUCUGGUUAGUCUGGCUAAGGUUUUAUCUAUCUUGUUGAUUUUCUCAAAGAACCAGCUCCCAGUUUUGUUGAUUCUUUGUAUAGUUCUUUUUGUUUCUACGUGGUUGAUUUCAGCUCUGAGUUUGAUUAUUUCCUGCUGUCCACUGUUCCUGGGCAUAUUUGCUUCUUUUUGUUCUAGAGCUUUUAGGUGUUCUGUCAAGCUGGUAGUGUUUGCUCUUUCCCGUUUCUUUUUAUAGGCACUCAGAGCUAUGUGUUUCCUUCUUAGCACUGCUUUCAUUGUUUCCCAUAAGUUUGGGUAUGUUGUGCUUUCAUUUUCAUCAAAGUCUAAAAAGUCUUUAAUUCCUUUAUUUCUUCCUUGACUGAGUUGUUGUUAAGUAGAGCAUUGUUUAUCUUCCAUGUCUGUUUGGGUUUUCUGUUAUUUUUAUUGUUGAAGACCAGCCUUAGCCAACAUGGUGAUCUGAUAGGUUGCAUGGGAUUAUUUCAAUCUUCUUGUAUCUAUUGUUGUCACCAAUUAUAUGGUCAUCUUUGUAGAAGGUACCAUGAGGUGAUGAGAAGAAGGCAUAUUCUUUUGCUUUUGGAAGAAAUGUUCUAUAGAUAUCUGUUAACAGCAUUUGGUUCAUAACUUCUGUUAAUUUCAGUGUCUCUGUUAAGUUUUUGUUUCCAUGGUAUGACCAUUGCUGAGAGUGCAGUGUCAAAGUCUCUCACUAUUAUUGUAUGAGUUGCUUUGAGCUUUAGUAAAGUUUCUUUUAUAAAUGUGGGUGCACUUGCACUUGGAGCAUAGAUGUUCAAAAUUGAGAGUUCACCUUUGUGGAUUUUUCUUUUGAUGAGUAUGAAGUGUCCUUCCUUAUCUUUUUAAAUAACUUCUGGUUGUGAGUUGAUUUUAUUCUAUAUUAAAAUGGCUACUCCAGCUUGUUUUUUGGGACCACUUACUUGGAAAAUUGUUUUCCAGCCUUUUAUUCCAAGGUAGUGUCUGUCUUUCUCACUGAGGUGCAUUUCCUGUAUGCAGCAAAAUGCUGGGUCCUGUUAAUAUAUCCAGUCUGUUAGUCUAUGUCUCUUUAUUGGGAAAUUGAGUCCAUUGAUGUUAAGAGAUAUUAAGGAAUAUGAUUGUUGUUUCCUGUAGUUUUUGUCGUUAGAAUUGGAAUUAGCUUUGUGUGGCUAUCUUCUUUUUGUUUUUUUUGCAAGAAGAUUACGUUCUUGCUUUUUCUAGGGUGUAAUUUCUCUCCUUUUGUUGGAGUUUUCCAUCUAUUCUUUGUAAGGUUAGAUUUGCAGAAAGAUAUUGGGUAAAUUCAGUGUUUUCAUGGAAUAUCUUUGCUUCUCCAUAUAUGGUAAUUGAAAGUUUUGCUGGAUACAGUAGCUUGGGCCAGCAUUUGUGUUCUCUUAGGGUGGGUAUGACAUCUUCUCAGGAUCUUCUGGUUUUCAUAGUCUCUGUUGAGAGGUUGGGUGUAAUUCUGAUACUUCUGCCUUUAUAUAUUACUUGACCGUUUCCCCUUACUGAUUAUAAUAUUCUUUCUUUGUAUUGUAUAUUUGGCAUUUUAACUAUGAUGUGACAGGAGGAAUUUCUUUUCUUAUCCAAUACGUUUGGGGUUCUGUAGGCUUCUUGCAUGUUCAUGGGCAUCUCUUUCUUUAGGUUAGGGAAGUUUUCUUCUAUAAUUUUUUGAAGAUAUUUACUGGCCCUUUAAUUUGGGAAUCUUUGUUCUUUUCUAUAUUUAUUAUCCUUAGGUUGGUCUUCUUCCUGGAUUUCCUGGAUGUUUUGGGUUAGGAGUUUUUUGCAUUUUGCAUUUUCUUUCACUAUUAUGUCAAUAUUUUCUGUGGUAUCUUCCGUCCCUGAGAUUCUCUCCUCAAUGUCUUGUAUUCUGUUGGUGAAGCUUGUGUCUAUGAUUCCUGAUCUCUUUCCUAGGUUUUCUAUCUCCAGGUUGUCUCCCUUUGUGAUUCCUUUAUUGUUUCUAUUUCCAUUUUUAGAUCCUGGAUGGUUUUGUUCAAUUCCUUUACCUGUUAGGUUGUAUUUUCCUGUAAAUCUUUAAAGGAAUUUUGUGUUUCCUCUUUAAGAACUUUUACUUAUUUACCUCUGUUCUCCAGUAUUUCUUUAAGGGAGUUAUUUAUGUCUUUUUUAAUAUCCUCUAACAUUAUCAUGAGAUGUGAAUUUAAAUCGAAAUCUUGCUUUUCUGGUGUAUUGAGAUGACCAGUAUUUGCUUUGGUGGGAGAACUGGGUUCUGAUGAUGCCAAGUUGUCUUGGUUUGUGUUGCUUAGGUUUCUAUGCUUGCCUCUAGUUUUCUGGUUAUGCCUGAUGUCAUUUGGUCUUGCUGUCUCUGACUGGAGCUUGCCCUUCCUGUGAGCCUGUGGGCCUGUGAGCCUGUGAGCCUGUGAGCCUGUGAGCCUGUGAUCUUAAGAGUGAGAGCACUCCUGGGAGGCUAGCUAUCUCCAGGAAGGUUUUGGGUAUGGAGUGCUGUGGAACAGCCUUAGCUAUGGACACAGAUGGAGACUGGAAGGGUACUGUUGCAGGGCCAGGCAGCCCUGUGUCUCCCAUAUCCUUCACCCUCCUAGAGGGUUUCUCUUUGGACAAUCAGUGGAGCAAAAGUGGGGUCCCAUCUGUGGGAUUAAGAGUAGAGCGCUUCUGGCAGAGCAGCUCUCUGCAGGCAAGUUUUGGGUCUGAAGUACUCUGGGUACAUUUUUCUUUUAACCAUGAUAUUCUUCAAAGAAUUAUUGAAAGUAAGAAGCUUGACUAUUGGCUUUGUACUGGUUUAAUUAAAGGAUGUGAAGACAUUUUUAUGGCUGUUCUAGUUACUAGUUUCCUGAUGGUCACUUUGCUUUACCCUCCUAAGCAUCUGUUUGGUUUUACUUUGCAUGUUGAAGGAGCCUCUUCAUAUUCUUGCAUUAAGAAACAUGUAUUGAUAUAGCAACAUUGCUUGAUGACCUGUCAUAAUUAUACUUCUUGGAUCCCACCCAGACUAAUUUAUUCAUCAGAAAUUAUUACCAUGAGUCUCUGCUGUUGGCAGUUUAACAAGCUCUCUAGGAGAGCACUGGAUGCUAAGGUUUGAAGAUGAUCAUGACUCAGGCAACUAAAUGAGGUCCAGUGAGUCCACAGCAAUUCUUUUAAAGCUCCAUGAGAUCUGACCUGUGGGCUGAAUCUUGGAAGAACAUUCUUUAAUUGGUUAUUUUGUUUGUUUGUUUGUCUGUUUAAGUGCUGGUACUCUUCUAAAUUCUGACAUAUUUUGUCAUACAACUAUCUCUUUUUAGUUUUCCAAAAUCAGAUUUCAUAGUGAAAAAUAAUAUUAAAAUUAUUUUAUACCUGGGAGCUAUUGUAAUUUUUUUCCAUCUUUAUUAAAUUGGGUAUUUCUUAUUUACAUUUCAAAUGUUAUUCCCUUUCCUGGUUUCCAUGCCAACAACCCCCUAACCCCUCCCCCUCUCAUUCUAUAUGGGUGUUCCCCUCCCCACCCUCCCCCCAUUACUGCCCUCCCCCCAACAAUCACGUUCACUGGGAGUUCAGUCUUGGUAGGACCAAGAGCUUCCCCUUCCACUGGUGCUCUUACUAGGCUAUUCAUUGCUACCUAUGAGGUCGGAGUCCAGGGUCAGUCCAUGUAUAGUCUUUGGGUAGUGGCCUAGUCCCUGGAGCUAUUAUAAUUUUAAGGGAUUCCUUUAUACACUAGUGGGAAGAGUGACAUGGAGUACCUUUUGCAUAUAAUGUUGCUAUGAAGACAUGUGCUGUCCUUAAAGGUAGUAGGGUCUUUCAACAUUUAAUCACUGUGAUGUUCAUUUAUUAAAUUGUGGUUUUGAUGAUUUAAUUUUUACAGAAUUACUAUUUCCUAUGAAGUGGGAUGAGUGACUACAAAAAUAACUCAUGGGAAAAAAUAGCCAUGAUUUAUGAGUAAAUUUUUGGCAAAGACAAGGAAGGGAGAUGCUUUAAAUUCAUUUCCUGCCUCUGCUCAUUCUUGUUAGUUGGCAGGUUUGGUGAUAGAUUAAGGAGCUUUUCAUAAUUAGAGAGACACAUAAUUCCAUAAGUUAUUACCUGAAAAAUUCCUUGUCUAAGAAUUCAUUAUUGCCAAUUUUUCAUUUAAAGUGUGCAUACUUAAAGAAGGUACUUUCUAGUUAUGUCUUUUAGUGCACAAACCUUACAGAGACUUCUUUAAGAUCCAAGCUCAUGAAUCCAAUCCCUUUGCCUAUGUUAUACCUCAGCAUAACAAAGGUGUUUGGAGGGAUUUUCUUUUUCAGUAUUCUUUAGUAGACUACCCCUGUCUGUAACAGAGCUAAGGUGAUUAAAAGUUGGUGGCAUUAGUGGUCUUUGUGGAAACCUAGCUAAAUCUUAUAUCCACUACACCACUGGGAUUGCAAUGACCAUAUAAGCAAUUGAUGUCUAGUCCUUACAUCCCUAGCUAAACGAAUUCUAGUUGGAAAAGCACUUAGCUUAGACCUGGUUGAGGUUUAUUUUCUCUGAUUCUCUUUGUCUCUGUCUCUGUCUCUGUCUCUCUGUCUCUGUGUCUCUGUGUCUGUCUGUCUGUCUCCGUCUCUCUGUCUGUCUCUUCUCUUUCCUGCAUCAUAAUGUGCGUUACUGAAUAUAUUUUUUAGUUUAUUACCAUGUGGCUCCUAAUAUAGCCUAGUCAUCACCACAAUGUUAAGACACUUCCAUUGCUGAACCUUACCUCCUGAAACCCUUCCAUACUCAACAGCAGUCCCAUCACCCAUAUCUUCUCCCAGGCUUAAGAACCUAUAUCUCAGCAGACAUGAUGUGACCCAUCCUUAAUCCCCAUGAGCAGAGCCAAAGGCAAGAGGAUAAUUGAGUUCAAGGCCAGCUUGGCCUAUGUAGUGAAUUCCAGAACAGCCAGGACUACACAGAGAAACCUUGUCUUGAGGAAUCAACUUGUUUCCUUUUACUACUGUGGACCUGCCUAUGCCAACUUGUUCACGGUCAGGUCUGUGGUCAUGAAGCAAGACAAGCCUGGUUUUUGUUGUAAUCAUAUUUCAGUUCUCUGACCAUUGGAUAAUCAAUGUGCACCUAUAGAAUGAGAUUAACAGAUAUUGCAAUAUUUAAUAAUUAAUUAAAUGAGGUAAUGUUUUCAAAUCUUUCAAUUUAGAAUCUGGCACAUAUGCUCACAGAUAUUAAGAUAUUAGUGAAUUACUUUUAGUUGUUUCAUUUUCUAUUGUUUAUUUCCAUCUUGUCAGAAUAGGACAUAAUAAUAUUAUUAUUGUUUAUAUUAAAGAUUAUAUUAAUUACUAAAAUAAAUUGAAUUACUGCUCACCUCUAUGUUUUACUAUAGUUUAAAGUAAAACCAAAUACAAAAUAUUAAGUUCCUUCCAUCACCAAACCCUUUCAAAGUUAGACAAUAUUCAAUCCUUCUCACAAACUACUACUAGUUGGAAAAAAAUCUUCAUUUUAUAACUCUGUAAUACUUUCUGAAUUUUAAUCUGGAUCUGUAAAACAUUACUCUUUAUAUAUUUUUUAUUUUAAAAGUAACUGUUGUGUCCCUGGUUCAUCCAGUGGAAAGGAUCAUUUUUUUAUGUAUCCUAAAUAUGGACUAAAUACUCAUUUCACUCCUGUCCUAAUGAGGCAUUCUAUAUUCAAGAGCAUCAGCUCUACUUUGUUGAUGCUUUCUUAGAUUUAUGGACAGGAAACCAAGUGUUGACUCAGUGAAGGAGUCACGUGGAGUGUCUCUGGGCAGUUUCUUAUGACUCUUUGGUACAAAGCCCUUCAUUCCAAUGAGACGUAGUCUUUCAUAUUCUGUUUUGCUGGGAACCAUCUCUCUCUGAACUGCUUGUGGCUAGGGGCCAAGGCAUGCCUUUGUUCCAGUGCGACUGCCUAAUGUGAAUGUUUGCAUGGUUACUGGCCUUGGGAUUUUGGUUUUACGGGGUGAUGAUUUUCUCUUUGCUUUCUCGACGUUGCCAUUGUUAGCAGUCCUGAAAGGCCAAAUCCUUUCUGGAUGGCAAAGACUUAAUGUGCUACCACAGAUUUUUCUACACAACUUUAGGGCUGCAGUAAUUUGGCAUGAUAGAAGGUGUGCACUGCCAACAAACUAUCAGAGGGGAGAGUGACUGCUUGAAUCACAUGGCAUUCGUUGAACAUUCCGUUAGUUUGGUGACUGCUCUGGUUAUGUUCCUGAUCUGUUUCUGUCCUCACUAGAGCAGGCUCCGUGAUGUGUCCCUUCUGUGUCCUUUCGACAGUGUACUUGCUUCACUUCACAUGUCUGAGCUUAAUCCUGCUGCUAAGAGUAUCCAUGCCUUUCCUCCUUAGGCCUACUGCAGCCUUUACCUCUUCAUCCACUGCUUAAAUCUUGCAGGAUCCCUCCUUCCUUUGGAAGCCUUUCUCAGAUAGUCUUCAACCUAUUCCAUGUGUCUCUUCCAUGAGCUUACAGGUCACCUGAUUUCAUUGUCAAAUUAUUUGUCACUUUAUUAAACAGUUGUUCAUGUUUCACCAAAUUACAUCUGACUAUAGAUAUUCAUUAGUCACUUGAACCAAUGGUUUAAGGAAGUCUCUUCCUACAGUUCUAAACCAUCCGUUCAGAAUUAUACAGAUCUUAGGAAGACCCUACUGGGAUUGAGGACAGGGAGAGCAGAAAUGUACAGAAGCUCAAGCUACACAAGAAAAUGAUGGUUUCUGUGAUCUCCUGUGGUGGGGGUACCCUUACUUCUAGGUACAAGAGAAGCUGUGUGUUGUCAGUGUGACUGUGUUGUAUUGUCAGCACAGAAGACUGAAACUGAUAGAACUAUGGGAGUUUGGAUAGAGAAGACAGUUAAGCGCUAAACUUCCAGCUAAAGACAGGAUGAGUAUGACAGCAAUUUACUUCUUGAAUAAAAGGGUUUCUGUACAAUAUGGCUGACAAACAAGCAUCUGGGCCUUUUGUUUUGUUUUGUUUUGUUUUGUUUUUGUUACUGUGUGAUGCCUAGACUUUCUCCCAACCACUCCGGACAUAACUUUCUAUGUGCUAAAAAUACCUGGAAAGUAGGAGAAUUCUGUAAUUCAUUUUGUGAGUGCUCGGAAUUGAGUCAUUUUCUUACAGGUUAGUUGAGUAACUUGGAUAAAUGCAAUUGAGAUGGAGGACAGGGUGACAAAGAAGGCCUUGCAUUUGCAUCAGAACAGUGUAUUUUACGACAAACCGAGUUAGGUCAGGUGUCUUUUCUUUCUGUGGUAACAGAAUUCAGAUUUGUUGGACAUAACAUUUGAAAUCAGUGUAUUAUAACACAAUGUCUAAAUAACAUUUGACACUGAAAAUGACUGUGGCUAUGAGCCUUUCUGCUUAGGCUACAUUUUUAUAAAAUAUAGUUGUUAGAAAUUUAUGUGGAUGGGGAGCGGAACACCCAUAUAGAAGGGGAGGGGGGUUAGAGGGAUGUUUGCCUGGAAACCGGGAAAGGUAAUAACAAUUGAAAUGUAAAUAAGAAAUACCCAAUUUAAUAAAGAUGGAGAACAAAAGAAAUUUAUGUGUCUUCAUUUAGCAUAAUCCAGGAGCAAUUCAGUUAAUGAAAAUGAAACACUAUAAAACUAAUCUGAAAACUAAAAUAAUUGAGCAAACAAGCUCUUUAAAAUCGUGGUUUCAGUAGCUAGCAUGCUCUCUUCAGACACUAUAUAUAAUCAGAACAUACAACUCAAAGAACGUGCCCUAUACUUUUGUUAAGUUUCUCUAAAUGUGAUUUUUACAACAAUCUCAGCUGAUUUUACAUAUUAUAGUUUAAAAUGUAGCUACUGCUAUCAAUUCAAAAUUAUAAAUUAUCAUUAUUCAAAUACCCUUAGAGGUAAAUAUAUUUGUUAGCUAAAAUGAGUUUACUUCAAAGAGCCAUAUAAUACACAUGUAUGGAAGGAUCUACAUUGUAGGUGAACUUAGAAACAAAGCAGUAUCAGAAUCAAAAAUACUGUGUGUGCUUCUCUUCCAUCCCCUAGGGAUAAUAGCUACAGACUCCAUGUGGUGUUGGUCACUCAUACUUUAAAAAGGUGGGUUUUUUGACGUGUGGUAAAUACAUAUGCAUGAAUUGCAUACUGCUAUAUUGUUUAAUGUACCUGAUUUGAAAGUUGCACAAAUAGGUUAAUAAGGCUUCUAGCCCUUUAUGAGUUUGUCAAGAUUGUAAAGAUAUUACUAUGACAAUUAAUUCACAAGUACUACUAUAUAUCACUGGAUAAGCUGUAGUCAUUUUGUCUGCUCUGUCACUCAGAAAUCGGUAGUUUUGAGUGUUAGUCUUAUAAAAACCAUCCUGGAUCCUUCUUUUAUAUAAAUCCAAAUAAUUCAUAAAACUUUCCUAUAUGGUAUAGACCCAAGAGUGGGAUUGUAGGGCACACACACACACACACACACACACACACACACACACACACAUAUGUGUGUGUGUGUGUGUGUGUGUGUGUGUAUAUAUACAUACAUACAUAUAUAUGUUGUAUACCCAUGUGGGGCAGGAUCUAAAUGGCUGUUCUAGGUGCAGGCAGAAACCUGAAGGGUCCUGCACCUCAGUACUCCUAGGUCUCUGUGCCCAGACGGCACAAAUGGCACUCGCCAGUUUCCUCUUGGGUCAUGAAUGUGGGCACAAAGUAGUUGUCUUCUCUGAGUUCUCAGUAUUGUCUGCUCAUUGAGGGCCGAGCUCUUUCCCGCACAGGAUCUGUGUGUAGUGAGUACUGGGACUGGUUUACUUCAGUUCUGGGAGCAGACAGCAACCAGCAGGUUCCUGCGGCUGACUGCACCUAUAUUCCUGUACCCAGAGGCCACUCUGCAGGUUCCUCUUGGGCCAGGAGUGUUAGCAGAAGGGGGUAGAAGUGGCAGUCUCUCCAGAGCUCUCAGUAUCAUCUGCACUUCUUGGAGUUCAUCUCUUCCCCCAUGGGAUUUGGGGGCAGGGAGCGCAACAUUUUUUUUCUAUUUGUUGAGAAUAGAGAAGUAUCCCAUUGUGAAAUAAUUUCAGUUCUCCUUGUUGAUAAUGAAGUUGUACGUGUUUUCACAUUUUCCAUCCUUAUUUCUAUUCUUCUUCUGUGAAAUAUCUGUUUGGAUUUUUUGUUUUAUUUUUUUCUGUUACAGUUUCUUUUGCCCUAAUAGAAGCUUAGGAAUUCAUCUUUGUUUUUUGAUACACUGGGUCUUUAAUUUCCAAAUUUAAACCUUCUUUUAGUGAUGAAUCUCCUAUUUAUUGUAGGUAAAUAUUACUUGACUUUUAAAUUUACUCUUUGAAACUUUGCUUUUAAAUACAUUUUUAAUUUGAAAUCAUUUAAUAUAAAAUAUGCAUACAUAAGGCUUUAAAAUGAAGCACCCAGUCAGCAUCCUUUUCCCAAAUGAUACAGAAACAUAAACUGUUUUAAUUCCAGUCAUGUACUCCUUAUGAGAAUAUUAUCACAGACUUUUAAUUCCAUUAAUAUUAUAAUUUUGGUAAUAUUAAUGUUUCCAGAAUGCUAUUUUUUAAUUUACCUAGAUGUUUAUAACUUAUAUCCCCAUUUUUACCUUAGCAAUUCUGUGGCCAUUUCACUCUUUUCAAGAGUUCAUUAGAAGUAUGAUUUGUGAUAUUACGUCAUUAGGUUUUCUUCACCUUUUCAUAGUUUACAUCUUUUAACUUAAUUUUGAAAGUUUUACGGGAGUAAGGGUUUCAGCAGAAAGGCUGUUGUCACUCAUGCUUUGGAGCCAUUUAGGCUAUUAUCCUGCUACCCCUCCCUUUCUAAGCGUCGAGGAACCACUUUGGUGUCUCUGCAUUAUUUUAUGUUUUUAACAUAGUUACCUCUCUUGGCUGCUCUUCUCCUUUCCUGUCAAGUGCACGUCAAAUGAAGAGUUUCCAUUCAUCUUAAAUGCUUUGAAUUUGAUUGAUUUCCUUCAUCUGUGGAUUUGCAGACUUAAUCAAUUACAUAAAACGACGAAUUCCCAUCUCAUUCUUCCUUUCUCAUUCCAGAAGAGGAAUUACACACAUUUUAUCUCUUUAGUAUCACCUCUGCGUUCAUGCUUUAUCUCUUUAGUAUCACCUCUGCGUUCAUGCUGUGCAUCCUAUCAUACUCAUCAUUAUUAAUGUACAGCGGAGAAGAACCAUCUUCUUCCAAUGUUCCCAGUCACUGCAGAAAACAGAGCCCAUGCUGUGCAACACAGUUGCUACUUGAUCACUAAGAGGCCAAAGUCGUGACUAAUAGAGGACGACUUAGAAGAAGGUGUCUGUAAUCAUUGGCUCCUCAACUGUCUAAGUCAUAAUACCAACUAUUGCAUUCCAUGUCAUUCCUCGCUUUCCGUUCAGUGCUGAUCCUUUCUGUACGUCUCUGGUCCAUCACAACCUAAACGAAUUCCUGAGAUCUUCGCCUUCCAUAAUUGGAAGUAUUAUCAUGAAGUCCAGAAGAGGAAAUUAUUCCUGAAUUUCCAAGAUUGGUGUAUGAAGAAUUAAAAGCAUUACUAUGAUAGAUGACUACCUUUCAUAACACAUACAAUGCCCUUUGAGAAUGUGUCUAUUAAUAAAUCAGCUUACAUGGGCUAGCUUAGUAACAUGAGCACCAUUUAUAAUAUCAAUUCAUUAGGAAACUUAAUACUGAGUUUGUAAAGAUGAGCUUACAAAUGGACCUUUGGAUCGUAGCCUGCUUGUAAUAUGGGCACUGACUGUACAGGAGAUAAUUUGGACCGCUGUGUGGGCUGGGAGGGAAAUGCCGUCUGUUAACCAGUGGUGCCACAGAUUUGAACAUUGCACAUUUGUUUUGUGUAAUUAUCCAUCUAACUGUGGGCAAAGAGCAGGACUGAAGUGCUGCUGAGUAUGUCUAAUGUUUAUAGAUUCCAUUUUAGUAGAGCACACUGCUAUAUUCCAUCACUAUAUCUUAAUUCUAAAGAUGAUGUCUAUUGUCUCCUCAUCUUUAGUCAGCCAGCAGCAGAGCAGCAAAGUGAGUUUCCCUUGCAGUUCAGUAACUUUUAAUUGCUUGUUCCAUUUUUGUUUGAUUGUGAGAAAAAAUGGAGUUGCUGUCUGUGUAGUUUUAGUCCCUACAUCUAAAUUUGCUGAGAACUUAAAUACAAAGACAGUAAGACUUUGCUCAUCUUUAGAGAGAGAAAGCAAAAGGAAGUGGUAGUUGUGAUUGUAUGCAUGUGAGUUGUGUGUGUGUGUGUGUGUAUGCGCUGCAUUUAUAAAGAAUCAAAGCAUUACCUAGCAAAACACACAUCAAAAUAAUGAUAUGUAAAUUAUGAAAUUAUCAGCCAUGCACACUUUCUCAUUUACAUUUUUUCAAAACUUACAUAACUUUAUAAUCAUAAUUAAAUACUGUUUCCAAAACAGUAAAAAACAAUGACAUUUAAAAUUAUUCUAGGACAUUAUAAUCGCCCACUCAGCACUCUCAUGUCAAAUGGUUGUAAGAUGAGGCUGAGUGGGCUUUCAUAAUUGCUUAUGGUUUCACUGGAAAUAGGCUACAACCUGUAAGGAUAUCAUUGCAGCUUCCUCUGAUCCUUAUCGUCAUGCUCCUGGUGACCCACAUGCAGGAAGUGCAGCCUUCUCUCUACUGUCUCAAAGUUUCACAGCUGAACACCUUUCCCUCCAAACAUAGUGCAUACAUCAUAAGAACUAGGUUGGGAAUAGGACUAGAUUCAUGCACACAUAACUAUGGGGAUUCACUUUCUCCCACCCAGCUUAGGGAUUAGAAAUCGUCUAGCUUUACCACUGCUGGAAGUGGAGGUCCCUCCCUCACUGUAGUUGUGGUGAGUUGCUUCUGACUUGAGCUGCAAAGGGUAGGGAGAGGACAGAUGGGGUGGGGGUGUUUUCCAGAGAUUUCAGAGAUUCAUUUUCACGUUUUAAACAGCAGGAAGACCUGCUCCAGUCCCCACUAAAUAAAAGCCCGAAUCAUACAGAGCCAGUGUGGGAAAUCCAUGCAAGUAUAGCUUAUCUUGUUGAAGCAGGAAAGUGUUUCCCAAUCUAACAUUUCCUAGCAUUUCUCAGCAUUCAGGUAAGAGAAAAGCUGACUUCUAUCAUUAAAGAUUAAGAUCUCCAGAGAAGGGUUCCCAUAGAAGCAGCAUCCUCUUCUGAAACUUUCAUCUUUAGCAUGAAAAAUACAAUUUGUUUUCUCUCUAGGGUUCCCAGAUAUUCAGAAGUGAGUGAACAAUUGCAUGUAAUUAUAUGCAUUAAACUACAUUACAUAUUAUCAGACAGACAAUUUCUGUAUGACUGGUGCUAAUCUGCUAGGACAUAAAUCAUUCAGAACAGAGACUUGCGUGAUGUUGUUAGGCAAGUCCUCUUUCCGGAACCUUUUUGCCAAACAUAAAACAAACAGGUAAGAUCAAGCUAACUGUAGACAUUCAUCUGCCAUGGCCUUCAUUUUCUUCUUUGCUCUUUCCUGGAACCAUCCGCUAUCUUUCCUGAAGAUACUAAACAUGCCUACAAUCCUGAUGUCUUUCACAAAAGUCUUAAUACUAAUCAUGGGCUCUUUACUUUCCUUGGGUAGUUAGUUUUGAAAUAAGAUAUAUGCAUGUCCUUACCUAUUCUACUGUGGUGUCUAGCCUUAUGAGCUGUCUUGGCUUACAUACCAGCUCUUGCUUUUCCUAGAGUUUCUCUGCUCAAAUCAGUUCAAGGAGACUGAAACUUACUGGUACUCACAACAACCAGGAUCAUAGUGUUUAAGACAGGUAAACAUCUUAAGAAGCACUUGGCUUGCCUCCUAUUUUUUUUGAUUUAUAACUCCCAAAAAAACAGGAAAACAUUUUCAAUGUAAAAAUGCACCUUGUGGCCAGAGUUGAAGAAACAAUAUCUGGAACAUUGCAAGGAACAGAAUCUUAAUAGUUUAUCUCUGGUAGGUUACAAUGACAAGUAGGAAAACACAGGUGGGCUGAAUAGAAGGCCAAAAGCAGGGCUAUGGUUAAUCACCAAUCUGGUAUUCAUUAACAAACUCCAGGGCACUAAUUCUUGAAGUGUUAGAUUUUUUUAUUUUUUUAUAUAUUUGAGUAUUUCUUAUUUACAUUUCGAGUGUUAUUCCCUUUCCCGGUUUGCGGGCCAACAUCCCCCUAACCCUCCCCCUCCCCUUCUUUAUGGGUGUUCCCCUCCCCAUCCUCCCCCCAUUGCCGCCCUCCCCCCAACAAUCACGUUCGAAGUGUUAGAAUUUAUACUAUAAUUUCUUAGCUCAAUUCAUGCUGUAUUUCAUCAAAACUUUCAACUUAAAUCAUUCCAUAGAAAUCUUACUUUUCUAAUUUAUUUUUGUCACAGUCUUCUUCCCUUAUGUAAUAUCACAUUAUGGCACAAUUACGCCGGCUCAGCAGGUAAAGGCUCUUGCUGCCAAUCCUGCGAUCUGAAUUUGAUCUCUUGGCCACACAUAGUGGAAAGACAUAGCCAGCUCCUCCAGGUUGCUCUGUAACAACUACAUAUGUAUCAUGAGAUGAGCAAAUACACACAGACACAACACAUACAAACAUAACAACAACAACAAAAAAAGAAUCGUUACCUUUUACUCCCUAUCUCUGCAUAUAGCAGCAAAUUUCCCAGAUGCCUAUGUUUUAGCCUUUGUCUUCCUAAGGUGUGUCUCACAGAGAUCCUGGAGAGUGCCAGAGAAGUUCGUGGUCUGCUCUACAAUGCUGCCUAUGUACUGUCUAUGUAACACAGAGAGUUGCUAACUCUGAAAACAUUUAAGCAAGAAAUAAGCUGUGGGCGUUCUGUUUGUUUUCCUUGAUUUAUUUUACUUGCCAGUCAAUGAGAUAGCUGAGUUUGUAGGAAAUUAGUUUUGCUAACUGGGUAGGUAUGGGAUGUGUCCGGUGACUGUGCCCCACACUGAUGCUGGAUGUGUCUGUGGUAUGCACCACCCGCCUGUGCUCCACAUUGAGUGUCAGCUGUGGUAUGCGUGUUGGUGUCCAGCUGUGGUUCUACUUCCUCUGAUUCUUCCCUCUUGAGGUCUAAAGCCAGUAGAAUUCUGCAGUAUCCCCCUCAGGUGGGAGUGGGGCUGGGGGGAAGUCUUCUCUAAGUGUUACAGCUCUUUUACACUAAGAUCUUCUCCAACUGUCUUCAAUGAAACAACUCUGUUAGACAAGCUUAUCUUGUCUACAUACUUUUAUUUGAGGUGAAUUUAUAUGCAUAUAAUUUAUGUGGGGUGAACCAGGGAUCUAUAUGGACCUUGGAGAGUGGAAGGUUUUCAGGGUAAAUGUAAGUCAUCAGCUAGAGUUUUAAAGUUCUGUGAAUGCCUUAUUUGCGUGGAGAGGUGUGCCUGAGUGCUGUGUGUGUGUGUGUGUGUGUGUGUGUGUGUGUGUGUGUGUGUGUAUGUGUGUGUGUGUGAACUUAUAGGUCUGACAAGGACUACUCCACCUUCUUCUGGUAGAGGGUGUGAGGGUUCAGGCUCCUCAUGAACAGUCAGAGAAGGGAAAGUCCUGCUGAGAAAGGCUGUACUCUAUUUUGUGCCAAGAUCAGAGGAGCUAUCCAGAUCUGGUAGUCUUCGACCUUAAUUAUCAUGGUUUCCCCACUGAUAGGAGCAAUUGAAAGUAUUCCAAACAGUAGUGUAAAACCCUAUCUCUCAAAGAACACACUUCACUUUUACCAUGUGUGCAGAGCAAUUUGGAAUGUGCUCUUCAUAGAAUAAUUUGAAUUUUCCCAGAGAACAAUAAUGUGCAUUAAAAAUGCAAGUACUUUCAGAAAUAUCCAUAUGGAGAAUUAAAAUCCUGUUGCUGUGGCCAGGUGCAAAACUCACAAAAUAUCCUAUAAUUAAACAACAAUAACAAGAAUAAGCCCUGUCUCACGGACUCAUCACUAUCUUACUCAUUGUCAAAUGUCUUCACUGUCUUCUUCCUUUGUCCCCAAGUCAUACUAUGGCUGCCCUUCAACCCUGUGUGUUUCUGUUUAAGCAUUGAUAGCAUAAUGCUUUAGUAGAAGCAAUAUACUCUGAGUCUAUGCGUAUUCUCAUGUUUCCUUUAUGGCAGGCAUGUAUUUUGAAGGGAAAUCUUCAAAUUUGGUUGGACAGGCAAAGGGUAAACUUAUCAGUAGUCUUGCCCAGAGGAAAAUUUCUUCAGAUAAUUAAAUUUCAUUAAUGGAUGUGUUUGUCAACUUUACACAAUUCUUUGCUAAUAUUGUGAUGAGUAAUGAAGAAAUGCAGUAGCAUUUUCUACUAGAAGAGGAGGAAGGUAGCGACCAGUAUUCAACUGUUUCUCCUUCCUUCUCCUUACUCCCUCUUCCUAUCUUAGUCUUUUACCAUAAAAUCGUUAUGACUUGAUACUUUAAUGCUGAAUUACUUUUCAAAAUGUCUAGAUAAAUAUUUACAUUUUAAUUGUAUAGGUUUAUAUGUAUUUAUUUAUACAUGUUGAGUGCACAUAAAUGGUCUGCCUAUCAGAAACUACAGAAAAUAGGGAAGCCAAGCCAAAUGCCUUCAAAUAGCCUUUCUGUAUUACAGUUGAAUUGAGAAAGGCACUCCAACAUUGUAGAAGAACACACCUGUCCCCGUGUUUUCAUUUAGUACUACUGUGGAUUGAGCUCUGUGUUAUAUGAGCCAACACUCAUUGACUGUAUGUUAUAAAGAGUAUUAUGUCAUAGCAAUCAAGACAACUUUAGGGUCCUUUUUAGUUGAUGGUUUACAUGAGACUGGUUAAGUUAUUUAAUGUUAAAUGUGACUCUAAGUUAAUUAAUUACCUAUCUGUGCAUACACAUAAAAUAAUUUUGCUUCAUGUAGUAUUUUUAUUUUCUUCUCUUUACUUGGCUUCUUCAUUGUGUUAACUAUACUUAAAUAUACAUUAUAUUUAGCUAAAAUCUGAAGUACAGCCAAAUGAAUUAUUACCUACAAUUAAGCAUCUUCAUACACCCACAUGUGUCAACAUGGCAACCCGGAAACUGCCUGCUCCCUUAAGGCAAAAUUUCCACCCUCUCAUCCUGAGUGCUCACCCUCACUUUACUUCUUUCCCUAGAGUUGAAUUGUUCAAAUGCUUGGAAUUUCUAUAAAAGAAUAAUUUUGUACAUAUCUUUUUUGUCUUUCUCCUGUUAGCAGUUAUGCAUUUGUGAAAAUUAAAAAUAGUCUUUUCUUCUUUUUUUUAUUGUAUAUAUCUUUAUUUACAUUUCAAAUGCUAUUCCUUUUUCCAUUUUCCUGCCCAUAAGCCCCCUAUCCUCCCUUCCCAUCCAUCCUCCCUUACAGCUCUCCCCGACAAUCCCUUACACUGGGGGUCCAACUGUGGCAGGACCAAGGGCUUCUCCUUCCAUUGGUGCCCAGCAAGACCAUCCUCUGCAACAUAUGCAGUUGGAGCCAUGGGCCAGUCCAUAUAUAGUCUUUGAAUAGUGGUUUAGUCCCUGGAAGCUCUGAUUGGUUGGUAUUCUUGUUCUUAUGGAGUUGCAAGCCCCUUCAGCUCUUUCAAUCCUUUCUCUAAUUCCUCCAGCAGGGGUCUCGUUCUCAGUUUAGUGGUUGGCUGCUAGCAUUUGUCCCUGUAUUUGACAUGUUCUGCCUGUGUCUUUCAGGAGAUAGCUAUGUCUGGUUCCUGUCAGCAUGCACUUCUUAGCCUCAUCAAUCUUAUCUAGUUUUUGGUGGAUAUAUAUAUGGGCCACAUGUGGGCCCCCUUUUAAGAAGGAGUGUAGCAUCCAUGUUUUGGUCAUCCAUCUUCUUGAACUUGAUGUGGUCCGUGAAUUGCAUCUUGGGUAAUUUGAGCUUUUGGGCUAAUAUCCACUUAUCAGUGAAUGCAUAUCAUGUGUGUUUUUCUGUGAUUGGGUUACCUCACUCAGGAUAUUUUCCAGUUCAUUCCAUUUUCCUAUGAAUUUCAUGAAGGCAUUGUUUUUGAUAGCUGAGUAGUACUCCGUUGUGUAGAUGUACCACAUUUUCUGUAUCCAUUCCUCUGUUAAAGGGCAUUUGGGUUCUUUUCAGCUUCUGGCUAUUAUAAAUAAGGCUGCUAUGAACAUAGUGGAGCACGUGUCUUUGUUGUAUGUUGGAACAUCACUUGGGUAUAUGCCCAGGAGAGGUAUAGCGGGGUCCUCAGGUAGUACAAUAUCCAAUUUUCUGAGGAACCUCCAGCUGAUUUCCAGAGUGGUUGUGGUGGGGAGCUAGUAGAAUCUAUGUUUUUGCUUCAUAAAAAAUUAGUAUGGUGCUGGGAUACCACUAUAAUCUUGGGCAUUACUUUAUACACUGUUUUCUAACUAGACCAACAUUUCCUUAUUCAAGUUGUUCACUGAUAGAAAUAUGUUUGAGCCUUUGUUAUAGUUUCAUAUUAUUAUAAAUAAAGCUCACUAUAUAUGAAUUUAUCCUGGUUGAUACUGAAAUAUUUCUGUUAAAUUUCAGCCAGGACUACAGUGAGGAAUUCAGGAAUAUGGGAAAUAUCUACCAUGCAUUUGUCAUUGAGAUUAUUAAAUCAUUGCCCAAAUGACCAUAGAAAUUUAUAUUCCCAUUUAAUUUUCUCUGCCUUGCAAUUAUAAGUCUUUAUAUUUGUUUGCAUAUCAUUUAUUGUUAUACUGAAUAUCUUUUCAAGUUUUGAGGUCUGUAUUCUAGUUUCCAAAAUGAUUUCUUUCCCUUGAAAUCUUCGUUGACAAAAAAAGGAUACACUUCCUGUUAAUGAAAACAUUGGGAAUAAAUAGUCUUAUAAUUAAAUAUAUAGACACAAUAUUCCUAUGGAAAGUAUUCUUGAUUUUUAUGAGUUUUAAAAGAGAGGUAUGGGAGAGUGAGAGGGAUAAAGGGGAAGGAAAGAAGGCUUUGGUUAUAUUUUUACACUCUAAAAGUGUAGUGAUAAUUUACUUGGCCUUUUUUUGUAAUUUAAGUUAUUUUAAGUUAAAAGAAUAAGUUUGGAGUACUGAAAAUAGGUUUGCAUUCAAUAUUUUCAAUAUUGUAUUUCCUCCCCACAUUUCUAAUUAUUCAUCAGCUAUAUACCCUUAGUGGCAUCAGAAACUCUAUCUACUCCUUUGGCACAAAGUGGAGGCCACCCUGACUGGAAGGAUCACUCCCCAGCUUUAAUUGUAGAACCUGCUGUCUUUACUCUUUUUUUUCAUGGAGAUUCUAGCCCUUAGGGAAUCCAAACUUUUGUCCUAUAAACGGAAUCCUAUGUGUCCCAGCCAUAUUUCUAAAUGUUGACUCUAAAACUUCAAUCUUUUGUGAUACAUGGGUGGUAUCUUUUGUUUGUUUGUUUGAGAUGUUUUGUUACAUUGAAAAUGAUGGAACUCUGUUGGGAUUUGUUCUGGCAUUCUUUGAGAUGAGCGUCUUUUCUGAUGAUGAAUAAGGCAAGUUUACAAUCAUGCCACAUCUGUAAGCAUGUGUCACCUAAUGCCCUGAAUAAGAAAUGAGUGGAUGAUAUGGUCUGCUUUGUUAUUAUGUCUCCCAUGUUAAAACAGUGAGGACAUUAUAAUAUAUUCAUGUUAAAAAUUUCAAUAAUGAAACUUUAAUCAUUACAUAGCAAGACAAAGAACUUAGCAAAAUGAAGAACAUUACAGUAUUUUUCUAAGUUGUUAAUUAAAAAACAUUGAAAAAUAAUGUUAAAAAUUUCUCCUACUACCUUAUCUGAUCCCAUGAUAAAAAUGGCCUUAUGGUCAGAUGCAGUGGCCACUCUAUUCUGUUAGCAUUGUCUUUACAUUUCAUAUACUUUCCAAUCAGUUGAUUUAGAAAAUAUAAAUAACUCUAAGAGUACUUGUACACGUGUACACACCACACACACACACACACACACACACACACACACACACCCAAGCAGAGAAAAAUUAUCUUCAGUGAUCAAAGGACACAGUUUUAAGCUGACCUUACGUGGCUCAGAGAUCAUUGCUUCUGUGACAUCGCCUUGUCAGGAAGUAUACCUAAUGGUUAAUUAGUUAUUUUUUCUACCUUUACAAUGUUGCAGUUUUAAGUAUUCUGUUUGAUAGAUAAAGGAUUCCAAGUGGUUAGAUCACAGAAGGGAAACAGGACAGUUUUAAUGAGGUGAGCCACUAGCAGCCUAGGCUAUGUGAAGUACUGCCAGGGUCCAUCCCAACAGCAGAAGUCGUGCAAGAUGCACUUGAAUGCCUCUUCUGUGUCCUUUCUGAGAGCAUGGGUGAACCUAGAAGAUUGUAUGAUAACUAUACUUAGUAGAUAUAUACUAAUGAACUGUCCUUGAAAUUUCAAUACAUGGUUUCUACUUAUUAAAUAUUUAUUAAGUAUCUGUCUUGUUUGAAAUAGAAAACAUUUGGCAAUUUCCAUGUGUAAGUAGUUUUUAUGGUUCUUGAGGGAAUGUGACAGUUUUGAGAAGAUCAAUGUAGAUGUCAAUACACAUAGCAUGGUAGAGGUUUAGUAAGCUUUGACUCAUGAAAGGUAGAUGAUACCUUAUGUAUUUUUCAUUCUUGCUGUCAAAAUAUCCCGAUCAGUAAAAUAAAAUUAAUGAGUUAAUCUGAGUUAAAUACACUGACAGUGAAGGCAGUUGGGGAGGGAAUCUGGCUGGGAAAUUGGAAGUCCUAGAAGUCUUCAGAUGUCAUACUCUCUGGAAUCUUAAGAUGUAGAAUGCCUUCCUCUGUAGUAGGUAUGGGAUUCUACAUUCCCCCCAGUUGCAGUUAACAGUGAUCUCUAUCAGGAGAACCACACCCGUGUAUCAAGCGGCUAGUCCAGAAAGGAAAAAGUACAAAUACAAAAGUAGCCCUGUCCUCAAAUCUCAAAAUCACAACUAGAGCUGUGUGCCACUAGAGUUGUGCCACUGUGUGAUGGGAAGCCAACUUGCUGGUCACUGGCUGGCUCUGGCAGACACUGCUUUCAGACUUUUGUUAUUAGAAGGUAAUGAAGGGAAGCUCAGUUUUAUGCUUUCUUUGAAGCAGGACAUGGAAUGAUAUACUUAACAUUCAUAGGCACAUUUAUAUCUAACACUGGAGGUAAGGGCAGUUUAAUGCUACUUAGGGAAGAUUCCAUAGCAAUAAUAAUUUAAACUCAGACCAGAAUUGAAUCCCCAGUGUGAAAGAGGAAGUUUCAAUGACAGCAGGAAGUUUACUAUAGUAUCAAGUUCAAUGGUAUGAUGGUGAUCAAGAACCAGACAUGGGGUGUGGGGGAGCUAGAGAGAUGACCCAGUGUUUAAGAGCACUUGUUCCUACAGAGGGCCUGAUUUAAUUCCCAGCACCAAUGUGGUAUCCUACAACCAUCUCUAACUGCAGAGAAUUCCAAAGAAUUUAAUGAAAAAGAAAAUAAACAAACAAACAAUAAAACAGAUGUGAAACGUUGAUCUGUUGCUUAAAUGCAUUUUACGGGGAUGAGAAACAUUUGUCAUUAUUAACAUGGUUAAACCAUAUAAAGUAUUUAGAAAUAAAAUUAAAAAUGGGUUUGCAACCUAACUUCUCCCUCUCUACUGUCAUCAUUUCUUUCGGCCAUAAUAUAAUUGUCAGUCUGGAGACUACAGCAUAUUAAAACAGCUUAUAUAAUAACUCUAAUAUCUAUUCAAAAUUAGAUAAAGGGUAGAUGGCACCUACCAAUCAACUAUUUAAAGACACUUGAAUAGGCCAAUAAAACUGUAUCCAGAGAGGUUACAGUGUAUGGGAGUCCACAUUUGAUAGAGCAGUGUUACUUCAAUGACGAUGGAUGUCUCAGCUCCAAACUUAUACUUUCAAAAUACAAAUCUUAAAAUAAAACCUUCAUAAAAAUAAUAAAUUGGAAUAGUUGUUUGGAUUAUCUCUCUAUUAGCAUGUAUCCAACUUCUAGUAUUGGCAAUGUUUUAUUUUAUUUAACUGCAACUGUCAGGCUCACACUAAGGCCCAUUCUAAGGAACAUGCAUUCCCCACAGCCCAUGUUAACCAUGUGUAUAUUUGGAGAAUUAUGUUCAGAAGAAAAAAAUAUUAUGAAACUUAGAUUUACUCCCUUAGUCUCUCAGGACAUUUCAGGAGUAUGAAUUUGAAAGGGAGUUUGGUGGCUGAUAAUUUGAAUGAGUACAAUUAAGUAAUUCUUUCUAGCAAAGGUCCCAUGAUGGAAUCAAAGGAAAUAAGAAAAUUAGUCUAGACAAUGCCAAAUGGGAGUAUGUCACCUCUCUGUCUUUCCAGACUGACAGUCUGACCUGAUUUUGUGCAAGAUUGGAAAUGCGUCUAGCAUGGGCUGCUGUAAGGGGAAAAACGCCAGAAAACAAUACACAGGAGAACCUACCAUUGGUCUAGAUUUAUCACACACAGGUGGAAAGAAUUUAAAUGUUUGAACAAACUACACUAUGGUUACAUUGUGGGCCUGCUUUUUUAAAAUUUCUUUACUAGAUAUAUUUCACUUCACACGUUAUUCCCCUUCCUGGCUUCCUAGAAAGGGAUAUGGAAGCAAAGUUUAGACCAGCAACUCAAGGAAUGGCCAUUCAGAGCCUGCCCCACAUGUGGCCCACACAUAUGCAGCCUGCUCUAAGCUUGCUGAAAGUAUUUAAUGCCAUUUUGGUUUUGCAUCUCAACUGCAGGACAUUGAGCCCUUCGCAGUUAGUAACAGAAGUGUCACUAGAAGCCAGAAUCCUUUAUUUAAAUGAUUUAGAGGAAAAAAGAUAUGUCUUGGGAAAAAUAUUGAAAACAUUAAAAAAUAUUUUGGUAAUUUUUAAGUUCUAUCCUUAAGAAUCCCUUGCUUUAUGUUCUGCAGUUUUAAGCUUGAAUGAUAACUAUCAUUAAAUAACCAACUCUUACCAAUUGACCUUGUAAAAUGUAAAAUAAAGUUCAUUUGGUAAAAACAAACCAUGGUUGUAAUAGACCUUUGAAUCAAGUGUGAAGUUUAAAAUUUGAAAUAAAUGUCCUGAUUUUUAUUUAAUUUAUUUAUAAAAGAAGUGUUCUUUUAAUUAGACCCUAAAUUACAGUUUAACCUUAGUGGGCAACUUCUCUGUGCCUGACAUUUCAUGCUUUGGCCUACAAUUAUGUCUCCUUUAAUCCACACUAAAACCUUCAAGAUUAGCACAUAGGUCACACUUCCUGGCUUUAGACUACAAGGUUAGAAGAAACUACACAACCUUCUAAAGAUCAUACCACUGGAGGCAUACAGGACUCAGAUCCGUCUCACUGCCUUCUCUGUCCUCCAGCAUUCUGCAAGCUGUCUCAUUAUAAGUAUGACUGCCACGGAGGACAUCAUGCUAAGUGGAAAGAAAAAAAACGAAACUGGGCAAAAAAAUGCUGCUUGAUGUCAUUUGUCUGUGGAAUAUAACCCAGUCAAAUGCGUAACAUCAGAGAGAAAGACCAUACUUCCCAGUGAGAGAAAGUGUACUAGAAAUAACGAGAUAUGGUGAGAGGGUCAAAGGCAUGGGUUAAUCCAGGACAUAAUAUAUGGUGGGAAGAUGGUAACUAACAAUGAUAACUAACUUGUACCAGAAAUGCCCUUCAUGGGUGUGAUGUGCUGUCACCAGACAUACAGAAAAGGUAGCUAUGUGAAGAGGCAGUUAUACUAGUUUCCUUGGCUGUAAUAAUCAUUCACUCUCUACAUGUGUUUAAAGCACCAUGUACCACACAUAUUAAGUAUACAGGAUUUUUAAAACGAGUGUCAGCUUAAAUAUCAUGCAUACAGAACUCCAUAAAUAAAUUCAUUUCACAUCAGUUUUAGAGGAAACAUACUCCAACCCGUAACCUGAAAUGGACUUUCUUCUGACUUGCCUAGCCGUUCCAGAGAUUGGUGCCUACCUUUAGAGAAAGGAUGAUAAGUCACUGAAAAUUAUCAGUGAAUUUGAUGAAAUCUGCCAUUAUGGAAAUCAAGCCAUUAUGGAAAUGGAGGAGGGUUAAACAAGACGCCAGAAGUUAAUUGUUUGGUGGUCUUACACAGGCAUAGUUUGAGUUUGCCAAGCCUAGAACAGAUCACCGUGAAAAAGAACUUGUUUAGGACCUAAUCAGAAUAUGCAGCAAGGUCUAGGGCUUUUACAAAGACCCAGAAUUGACAACUACAUCUGUUAUUUCAUUUGCAGCUUUCUGCACUCUGCUCAGACCGCCAAGUCCAGAAGGCUGGUCCAUGAACUUUCCUCACUCAAGAGCUAAUGAGGUUGUGGGGUUUUUGCUUUUAGAGAUAAUCACAUGUGAAAGACCUUACCCUCUGUCAAAGUAUGAGGCUGUUUCUGAUUAUUUCAGAGCUGACAAAUUAUUUGAUUAUGAUAAAUCAGAAGCCAAAUUAAAGGGAAAUUAUAUGUAUUAAAGAAGGGAGUAUCUCUAUGUUUUCAUUUAUAAAUGUUUAGUACAUGGCUUGAGCAUAAUUGUGUGUCAUUCAAGAAAUUUCAAGGUGAUGCCUCAGCAAAAUAAAGUGCUUGUUAAUGUCAUGGAAGACAUGAGUUUGAAUCUCCAGAAUCAACAUCUGUAAUCCCAGUUCCCUGGUGAGGACAAGGAGUAGAUCCAAAAUUAUCCCCAGAAUCUUAUGGUGUUCCUAGCCUGGCAGACCCAUGAGAAAGCAAGAACAGGAAGAACAGAGCAUAUCCCAAGUACGGUAGAAAGUGAGGGUUCACUCAGCAGUAGUGCUCUGACUGCAUGUGCAUGCCAUGGCAUGUGCACACCCACACUAACACAGGUAGGUGUGUUUAAGUGCAUACAUAUAUGCAUCACACAUUGUACACACACACACACACACACACACACACACACACACACACACACACUCAUAGGGACAAUCAAAAAUACGAACAAUAAACCUGGAAGAGCCAAAUGAAGGCUCAGCAGAGGACCUAUUCUUAUUCAGUAUGAAUAGUCCAUUGGUUUUCCAUAUCACGUGACACACAUCUAUCUGCAACUCCAGUUCCAAGGGAUUCAACACACAUAAUUAAAGAUAAAAACACAAGAACACUGCAUGAGUAUCUUUUAGGAAAACACAACAAUGCCUAUAAUGUCGAGAACAACGGAAGAGCACUUCAGCCCCAUCUCCACUUCUGCUUGGUGAUCUGUCUAUGCCAACACUUCUGCAGUCUGAUCGCAGUAAAAAAAGUCAGCUUUCGAAGCUAGAAACCCAAGUCUUCUUCUAUUUUAGCUGAGUGUGGGAAGAAGGGCACAAAGAGUGCAUCAAUUCUAAAUUUCUGCUAAUAUAAUCAGUGACUUGAUUUGUAUUAAAAAUGUAAAUGUUUUUGUGAAAUCUGUCUUGGCCUUUGAGAGUGAAAAGGUACUUACGGAGAAAUCUGCAUUGACAGAACAAAUCCUACUUGCAAAGUAGAAACUGAUGUUGUUGGCUUGAGUAAUCUCUAGCCAGCUGUGAAAUUCAUAAUCUUUUCUCCAUAAAAUAGCUUCUCCUUUGAAUGACAAAAUUAUUUCUGAGUUGAGUAUUUGCCAGAUCAAAAGACAAAAGACUGUGAGGCCCCCUAAGCACUGACAUCAGGAUGAGUUUGAAAGGGAUGGUUGUUUUCUUGAGGGUCACAGAGACUGACUUUCUGAAUUAUUCAGGGGAAGUGCAGCUUUAAUGAGUAAGAUGCCAUUUGUUUCCUUAGUAAAAGUCCUGUCAUCAGGACUUUAAUAAGAGUUCUGAAAAAUGCUGAAAGAUGUCACUGAGAGUUGGCUCUUUUACAGAGUAAAAUUUUUAGGAUAUUCCAUUUUUACUCCUUUGAUGUCCUGUAGAUUAAACUAGUAAUUCAAUGUUUAAUUAUUUUCUGAGAUUCACGUCCAUAGACUUAUAGACUUCCUCUUAUUUAGUAUAAGGUUGUUGUUGGUGUGUGUGUGUGUGUGUGUGUGUGUGUGUGUGUGUGUGUGUGUGUGUGUGUGUUCCUGUCAAUUCUGAGUAAUCAAAGCUUGGGUUACCUUUUCUAUUUCAGAGAAUUGAAUCAUAAGGCAGGAGAUGUGGUUAAUUUUUCUAGGCAAAAUCAAACAGUGAGCAAUUCAAUCAUGAAAAAAAGGAAAAGGCUGUUUUCUGACGAUUCCAUUCUUGCAUGGAAGAAAGGAAAGUGAACUCUUUACCAGUUGCCAAGGGAAGAAACAGGGGUUCCAGUGGAGAGGAAUCCCUUUGUCUUCUCUCCACAGAAGUCAUGAAAGCUUUUGUUUUGCAAUGCAAGCUUUAUGGCAAUGAUGCAAAGAAAAAACUAAGCCACAAAUGGGCUUUUUCAAAAGACACCCUCUAAGAGGGUGCCGGAAGUCCUGCACCUGCACGGGAACCAGCGCGGUAAGCGCCGCAAGUUUCUGGAGACGGUGGAGCUGCAGAUCAGCCUGAAGAACUAUGACCCUCAGAAGGACAAACGCUCAGGCACCGUCAGGCUUAAGUCCAUUCCCUCGCCCCAAGUUCUCCGUGUGCGUCCUGGGGGACCAGCAGCACUGUGACGAAGCCAAGGCCGUGGAUAUCCCCCACAUGGACAUCGAGUCGCUCAAGAAGCUUAACAAGACCAAGAAGUUGGUCAAAAUGCUGGCUAAGAAGUACGAUGCCUUUGAGUCUCUGAUCAAGCAAAUCCCACGUAUCCUGGGCCCAGGCCUAAACAAGGUGGGCAAGUUCUGCUCCCUGCUGACACACAAUGAAAACAUGGUGGCCAAAGUGGAUGAGGUGAAAUCCACAAUCAAGUUCCAGAUGAAGAAGGUGCUGUGUCUGGCUGUUGCCGUCGACCACGUGAAGAUGACCGAUGACGAGCUAGUCUACAACAUCCACCUGGCUGUCAACUUCUUGGUGUCCUUGCUCAAGAAAAACUGGCAGAACUUCCUGGAUCUGUACAUCAAGAGCACCAUGGGCAAACCCUAGUGUCUGGUUAUUUGAUGUUAGCAGUCCAGUUCCCAUAAAAGGAAAUUUGAAUCUAUUGGUCUAAAGUUAUGCUUUAUAAUCAAAAUUUAAUCGAUAAGAUUUUCUAGUUUCUAGUGUGUAUUUAUUAUAGUACUUAAUUUUAAAUCUAGCUGCUGGGGUUGUCACUGGAAUUAUCUGAACAAAUUAAAUGUUAAAUAUUGCAUGAACAACACACAAUAGCUGUUUGAUUUAAGGAGCCUCGAUAUUUAAUAUAAACUAUACAUUGAAUUUUUUUUUUUUUGGUGAUAAUAUUUUAGUUUUUUUUUUUUUUUUUAUUAACUUGAGUAUUUCUUAUAUACAUUUCAAGUGUUAUUCCCUUUCCCGGUUUCCGGGCAAAAUCCCCCUCCCCCCUCCCCUUCCUUGUGGGUGUUCCCCUCCCAACCCUCCCCCCAUUGCCGC